GUCAGAUUAUUCACUGUUGUCAAUGUCAAACUAUUGUAUUUCUAUUGCAAUUUGCAUUUUAUAUCUUUGCAUUACAGUUUGUUUUUGAUGGAAUAGGUGAUAAUGUUCAAAACAACUGACAACAGUUUGAAAAACAAAAAUAUUAUUAAUAACUGAUACGUGGUGAAACAGUUGCAGUUGAUUUAUCAGGAUGGGUUUGCGACAGUCAGAAUGUCACAGAGUACCACAUACAGCCAAAGUUAUAUUUGAGAAAUCUAUUCUUCAGAACUGUGUAUUUGCUGCUAGCUGACAUAAACCCUAUAUUUGUGCUGGAGGGGGAUGCACCGGAGCUCAAGAGAGAUGUCAUGGCUGCCCGAAAUGCUAUCCAGUUCAAAGGGGCUGCCCCUCGCUCUGAGGCUGCAGUAAACAAGAAAAAACCUGAUGUUGCUAGGAAGAGAUUUAAAAAUGUUCUCAAAGAAUGUGAGUCUUUGCUGAAGACCCUUGGAGUCAGAUGUGUGAAAGGUCAUGGUGAGGCAGAAGCAACAUGUGCGCAACUGAAUGCUCAAGGUUUGGUAGAUGCAGUAGUAUCACAAGACUCGGACUGCUUCGCUUACGGGGCUCGUCGCGUGUACCGCAAUUUCAGCGUGUCCAACUCAGCAGGGGGCGGCGCCAUGCAGGGCUCCGUCGACUGUUAUGACGCGGCUGCUAUGUAUAAGAGCAAUGGCUUUGGACGCAACAAAAUGGUGGCCUUAGCAUUACUAUGCGGGUGUGACUAUGGCCUGGGUGCUUGUGGUUCAUCUAUAAACACAGCUGUGUCUUUCCUCCACACUAUUCCUGAAAAGGAUGUCAUACCGAGGCUUUUGUCCUGGGUGACGGACACGGAUCGCUACGAUGAAAAGAGUCGCUGGCUGUCGGCACCCGGGCGCUGUGACCGCUGCGGACACUUCGGUCGCACGCACGGCAAGAGCGGUUGUCCUGUGUGCGUCACAAAUCGCGGCUGUGAUGAUACUGGACACAAGGCGAAAGUAGCGGAGUUGAAGCGUGAGCUGUCACUGCGCAACCGGGCGCUGACAUGCGGGGCUCCCUUCCCAGAGCCUAAAGUCAUGAAGGAAUUCAUGAAUACCCCUCCAGAUGACAUUGAUGUGAAUGCUCUGAAAAGGCCUACACCUAGCUUAAUUCAAUUUGUGAAACUAAUGACAAACAAGUUGGACUGGUCAGAAAGGUAUUGUGUGGAGAAAUUCUUGCCGCUGCUGACUAAAUGGCACUUCCAAGACAAUGUCCCUUGCAGAACUCUUCAGGCUUUGCUUAUUAAGAAGAAGAGAAAUCCAAGAGGUGUCCCAAGUUACGAAGUUGUUUGGACUGAUACUGAAGGUCAAUAUGACGGUCUGAUUCCUGAUGACCAGUUCGAAGAUGGUGAGGAUCCUUUGAUUCCUUGGACUACAACUGAGAGGCAAGAUUUGAUGCUCAAGUAUUAUCCAAAAGUAGUAGAAGCCUACGAGGAGUCGAUUAAAAAACCACCCAAAGAGAAGAAAACUAGAGGUCGUAAGAAGAAAGACAAUGACAAUACAAAUACUGAUAAACCUAAAAGAAAAUAUACCAAGAAACCUAAGACUGUGGUACCUGUUGAUAGCGUCAACGCGUCUAUGAAAGCAACUGGCACAAACACAAGCGCAUUAAACGUCAGCGUAAAUGUCAACAGAUUAAAAAGAAAAAUUAAAAACAAUACAAAGAAAGGACAGAAAACACUGACCAGCUUCAUUGCUAGCAAAAAGCGAAGAACAAGCAAACAAGUUAUGCAAUCUCUAAGAAAAAGCUUUAAAAAUAUUUCACUUAAUUGCGAAGACAAUAUUAUGGUAGCUGAUGAUAAUUACCAGUUACAAGACAAACAUUUUGAUACCAAUAAAGAAAAUAAACCAAGUCCUCAUUUUCUAAGUAUGCUAAAUAAGACUGACGAUGAAAUUGAAGAUAUUGAUCUAUCAGAUAUUAUAGACAACAUCAUCUCAAGGCCUCCUGAAAUAAAAACUGCCAAAGUAGACAAUAAGGUAGUUAGAUUAAUCUUUGAAAAGUAUUCAACUCCUAAGAAAAUGAGUUUGAGGAAAUCUGUAUUGACGCAAAUUCAUAACAAUUGUUCUACGCCACGAGAUAGCCCUGUUAGGAAAAGUAAUUUUAGAUUUAGUACUAAUAGUAAUGAUAAUUCUAUCAUUGGCAAGGUGAAUACGAGUUAUUUUUUCGAUAAGCUGACUGAAGAUGGCGACGCGUUCGAGAUGUCUUUGGAACAUAAAGAUGCUGUAGUGCACUUAGAUUCUACUCUUGAAUAUAGCUUGCCUGCUGUUCGUUUGUAAGAUAUUGAAAUUAUGUUUCUAAAUAUACGA